AGUCGUGCAGCAUCCAACGCUUUCACUUGUAAAUAGGGCUCCCGACAUCAGUAUCAAAUUUCGUCGAAGAAGAGUCGAGAUCUUCUGCCUGCCUAACUGGAGAAAACAGCAGGGAGGGAAAAUUUGUAAAUUUGGGCGGAGCUGAGGCUGAAAUAGGAAGAAAGAAGCAAAGGAGAGCCUAAGAUUCGAGACACAGGAAACCAUGGUGACGUCUUCGGUGGUGAACACAUACCCUCUUUCCAGUUACACUUUCGGUACUAAGGAGCCGAAGAUGGAGAAGGACACUUCCGUCGCCGAUCGUCUUGCCCGCAUGAAAGUCAAUUACAUGAAAGAGGGUAUGAGGACAAGCGUCGAAGGAAUUUUAUUGGUGAGAAUUUCUAUUUUCUCAAUCCUUUUGUUAUCAGUGAUUUAUUUUAGGAGUAAUAAUGUUUUUAAUUUUUUUUUCUUAAUGUAUGCUGUGUAUCUAUGUACUUAUUUCCCUGACCUCGUACUUGUUCCUUAUAGUAGGAUUUACAUGGAUAGGUUCAUUGCGCCUAUAUGUGUAUGUUGUCACGAAAUUGAAGGGGGAAAAGGUGUAAAUCAGCAGUCUUGGGUUACUAACUAUCCUAUGUUGCUUAUACAAGAUUUAUUAUUAUGAUGAAGAGUUUCUGCCUUGUCUUUAUUGUGGGCUAUAAAUUGUCUUUGUUUCGGAAGUAAUUGGUUAGCAGCCUACCCUACGAGUAGAUUUUGAUAAAGGAAGUAUCUUUAGUGUGUUUUCAAGCUUUGGAUUGAAUAUUUAUUGUUAACGAAGUGCUUUUGAUCAGUUACACUUACACCAAUCUUUGAUGGGCAGACAUUACUUCUCUGACUUGUACUGCUAGGUUAUUUUAGAGAAGAAUUAGAUGGUACCCUCUUUAGUUGUUGAAAUGUCUAUGCACGGGUGAUAUAUGUUUAUAUUCAUUGCUUAUAUUUAUCUGUUUCUGCUGUGAAGAGUUUGCUUUCCCUGAUUUGGCAUAAUUUUUCCUUGAUGGAAGUUCUGUUGACCGGAAAAUUUCAUGCACCUGAACAGGUACAGGAGCAUAAUCAUCCCCAUAUCCUUCUUCUGCAAAUUGGUAAUACUUUCUGCAAACUUCCUGGUGGACGCCUCAAACCAGGAGAGAAUGAAAUUGAGGGAUUGAAGCGGAAACUGUCUAGCAAACUUGCUGCUAAUUCUCCCCAACUUCAACCAGAUUGGAAGAUUGGUGAGUGUGUGGCCAUGUGGUGGAGACCGAACUUUGAAACAAUCAUGUAUCCGUACUGUCCUCCUCAUAUCACUAAACCAAAGGAAUGUAAAAAGCUUUACAUUGUCCACCUUUCCGAGCGAGAGUACUUUGCUGUCCCAAAGAAUUUGAAACUUCUUGCGGUGCCGUUGUUUGAACUUUAUGAUAAUGUUCAGAGAUAUGGGCCAGUCAUAUCCACGAUUCCUCAACAGCUGUCUAGAUUUGAGUUCCACAUGAUCCAUCCAUAGAAUCAUUCUGGUGUAUUUGUGGAGUGAACCUUCCUGGAGAAUUGCUGUUUAGCUGCAGGUCUUGCAAGCUUUGACCCGGUAAAAACAAGUCGAGUUCAAAAAUUAUAAACCAUCUUCCAAUAAGGUGGCUUUCAUUUCAGCAGACGUUAUGCGCACAAGGAUAUUUGAGUGACUUUCAAUUUAAUAUACAUUGGACCUGCUGCUUAAGAUUAACGUAGGAGCUUUUGAGUCGGUGAUUCAUGGUGCAAUUUGGACCUUUCUAUUUAAGUCCCUUCCCAGUUAGCCCUAUUUUUUGUUCCCCCUCUCUUCAGUUUUCUUUGCUGCUGAUGUUAUGUGGAUGAGUUCCUUCUACUUCUAUGUAUGUUCUAUGUUCUACUUUCUAUGUAUGUUACCUACAUUGUCAUGGCGAGUGAAUGGAUGUUGAGCGCCAGUGUAGGGUCGUUCCCUGUUAGCAAGUGAUCUGAUUUUGUGUGUAGGGUUGUUCCCCAAUUAGGAAGUGAUCUGAUUGUGUAAUUACGGCAAAUUACUAGUUGAAACUGUUCUUUGUAGUCUUUAGAGGUCUUUCUUUAUUCAUUUUUUGUUUUUGUGAAAAUUUUAGAAGUUUUCUAUGUACAAAGCUAUGAAACCACCUGAGGUUCUCUCUUGGGUUUCUGUUUGACUGUAGUAAAUCAACCAUUUAGAGUUCAAGAAACUGAUAUGGAUCUUUGUCACUCGGUUACAGAAAUGCU